ACAGGAUCUGCUCAUGAAAAUGUGGAAGAUCAAACGGACGUUGGUCCGGUAACCUUUCUUUUCAAAAGGCGAUUUCGACGGUCACCAAAUUCCACAACCACACACAUACUCUCACUGCUGCAAAAAAACCAAUUUCAUCUCUCUCUCUCUCUCUCUCUCUCUCUCUGGAUCUGCAAUUUGUUGUGUGUGUGUGUGUGUCUCUCUCUCUCUAAACGAGCUUUUUGUUAGAAAUGGCGGAAACAAGACCGGCAAAGAGGAAACCUGUCUUCAAGAAGGUUGAUCAGCUGAAACCGGACACCAAGGGACAUACCUUGGUUGUGAAGGUUGUUAGUUCGAAGAUCGUAAUGCAGAAGGUGCGUCCUGAUGGAAUCCAAGUUCGUCAGAUGAGGAUCGCGGAAUGCUUGGUUGGAGAUGAAACCGGAACCAUCAUUUUCACCGCCAGAAAUGAUCAAGUUGACUUGAUGACAACCGGUGCAACUGUAAUCCUGCGCAACGCGAAAAUAGACAUGUUCAAGGGUUCUAUGAGGCUUGCUGUGGACAAAUGGGGUCGAGUUGAAGUAACCGAACCUGCCAGCUUCUCCGUGAAGGAAGAUAACAACUUGUCACUAGUGGAAUAUGAGCUGAUCAAUGUUAAUGAACUGGCUAAUCCUGGUGCUGGUGAAGUGGUUAACGCUGUUUGAAAAGUGACCUUCCCUAACGCAUUUCAAAACCCCGCUUGGAAACAGAUUUCGAUCAGUAUAAAGAUAUGGUUUUUCUGGUUAAUGAGGUGGUACGUUGAUAUGUAGCUUUUCCCGGUGCCUGCCUAAGAAAGUUUCUUGUUUAGCAGACGUCGUGGAGCUAUUUCUACGGGAGUCUACUGGUACGAGGGGAGGCAUUGCAACUCUGGCCUACUACAGAGCUGGUAACUCCAAUCAAAUAGUGUAAAAGGAACUUUCUUUGCUUUAAUUUGUAUUAGGCUAUGAGUUGUUGCUGUUAUGAGAUUAUCAUAUGGUUAUAUGCAAGUGGAGUUUCUGCCCUA